CCUAUGCGCCCCCCCGCACAUCUAUAAUAUAUAAUAUACCCCCCUCCACCAAGUCCUUCAACCCAUUAAACCUGCCACCCACUGAAAUCCCCUUCCAACGUCACCCCGGGUUAACGCCACGCCACAGAGCGAGAGACAAAGGAAGCGCAACCAUGGCGCAGGCGAAGCUCAUCGACAUCUCAGCCCCAGGCGAGAAGCUGAGCGAUGAAGACGCGCGCCCGCUCCGCGAAGAGGUCGCGCGGCUGCUGGGGAGGAGCCAGAAGGGGUUUCCCGGCGCGCAACCGGUUAGCUUCUCAAGAAAGCACAUUGGGGAGUUGAUGAAGCAAGACUACUACGUCUGCGAAAAAUCUGACGGCCAACGCUACCUCCUCUACUGCACCGCCGACCCCUCCACCGGCUCGGAAGCCCACUUCCUCAUCGACCGCCGCAACGACUACUGGUACAUCCCCAACCUCCACUUCCCACUCAAAGACGACCCCUCCUUCGCCUCCUUCCACACCAACACCCUGAUCGACGGUGAACUCGUCCUCGACAACCUCCCCACCGGCCUCCGCGCCACCUACCUCGUCUUCGACUGCUUGACACUCGACCGCAAGCCGUUGAUAAGCCGGACAUUGGAUAAGCGGCUAGCGUAUUUUAAGGACGGGGUGUUUGCGCCGUACGAGGAGCUGCUGAGGAGGUUCCCGGAGGAGAAACCGCAUAUGCCGUUUGAAGUCCAGUUGAAGGAUAUGCAGUUCCCGUAUGGGUUGGAGAUGAUGUUCCGUGCGGUGCUGCCGGGGUUGCCGCAUGGGAAUGAUGGGUUGAUAUUUACGUGUCGUGGGGCGGCGUAUCAGUAUGGGACGGACCCUGGGAUCUUGAAGUGGAAGCCGGAGAAUGAGAAUAGUGUUGAUUUUAUGAUGCGUCUCGAUUUUGCCAUUGUCAAAGACGAGGGGGGAGGAGGGAGCUGGACGGAUUAUGACGCCCUACCAGUAGUCAAUCUCUUCGUCUGGACCGGCGACCGCGGGGAGAAGUGGUACGGGACGCUCCAUCUCGAAGAGUCGGAAUGGGAGGACCUGAAGGCCCGUGGAGAGCCGCUGCAUGAGCGCGUGGUGGAGUGCUCGAUGGAUGAGAGUGGGCGGUGGAGGUUCAUGCGGUUUAGGGAUGAUAAGGAUAAGGCGAAUCAUAGUAGUACGGUGGAGAGCGUGAUUGAGAGUAUUAGGGAUCGCGUGACGGAGGCGGAGCUGAUUGCGGCGGCGGGGGGGAUUAAGGGGGAGUGGAAGAGGAGGCAGGGGCUGAGGGAUGAGGAGGCGAGGAGGGGGAUGGGGGGAAAGGGUGCGUAG